AUGGCCGCCCCGGGUGAUCAGAGGAUAGCUGUUCCUAUCGACGAUCCAAAUGCCGAUACAGAGUGGAAUGACAUCCUGCGAAAACACGGAGUCAUACCCGAGAAACCGCCCAGCCCUACGCCAAUCAUCGAGGAAGCCAUACUGGAAGGAAGAAGACUAGCGCACGAAAACCGUCUCGAGGGCAAGGACCUGGACGAGCUUGACGAGCUGGAGGAUUUGGAGGACGAAGAUUUCCUGGACAAGUACCGUCGGAAGCGCAUGGAAGAGCUAAGCAAUCUCCAGAAAACCUCCAUCCACGGCAGCGUCUACCCGGUAUCAAAGCCGGACUACCAGCGCCAAGUUACAGAGGCAUCUCAGAAUGGUCCGGUUCUUGUGAACUUGACAUCAAGUUCGGGGACAAACGUGGAGUCAAGAGUCCUCUCGGAGCUCUGGCUGCAGGCUUCCAGGGAGUACGGCGACGUUAAGUUUUGCCAGAUCCGCGCAAACCAAGCCAUUGAAAACUACCCCGACAGGAACUGCCCUACGAUUUUGGUGUACAGUAAAGGGGAGAUUGUCAAGCAGGUGGUUACUCUCAUGACGCUCGGUGGCGCCCGGACAAACAUGAGCCACAUUGACAAUAUUCUCGUGGAAGUCGGGGCAGUUCCAGAAUCAGACAUGCGGGUAAUUAAAAGGAGGCAAGCUGCUGAGGAUGCCCAAGAGGAACGCUUGUCUGGGAUCGGCAAGACCAUCAGGUCAGGCACGGCGGGAAGAUCAAGACAUGACGGCAGCGACGACGACGACGACGACUGGUAG